AAAACAGGUAUAUUCUUCAGAUCUGUAUAAUGUAUCAUCAAUAUGAAGUAGAACCCAUUAUUGAGUAUUUACUUAGUUCCCAGUUAUCUGGGAAGUAAAAUUUGUUGAGCUUGACAUUUCUUAUCAAUCAUCAUUUAGUGCCAUAAAGGACACUGAUAACAGAAGGUCAAGGUCGCCAAGACGAUUGUAAGUUACAUCAGAGUUUACGACGUAGUAAAACUCUUCAAUCAUGAUGUAUCAUUUAUAUCUACUGCUUUUGUGGUUCGAACUAUUAUGUGUGUCAGCGGACAAUGUAAUAUCUCAAAGGGGCGUGACGGAUACGAAUCCGGAUAGGGAACUCUUCAGUAACAAAACAAAGGAAACCAGUUAUAUUUACCAGCAGUGUACGACAGAGUUGUCUGUCACGAGACAUGAACUGAAAGAUGUCAGAAGUGAAAACCGUGAAAUGAAAGAAGCGAUUGCAGAGCUACAAAUGGCCAUGACUUAUUUACAACAACGUGACGCGGAUUACAGGAAACAGCUAGAGCAGAAUUCAAGGGAGAUAACUAUGCUCACGACUCAAUAUAAACGGAUGAGUCUAUCAGAGGUCAGCCAAACCGGAAGUAGUAAUAGAGCUGACCCACCUAACCUACAGGAGCGCUCUAAAUUGAUAAAUAAUCCGGCUCGACAAAAACUGUCUGGCUCCGCCUUUUACGCACGACUUGGUCAGAAAUUCGCAGUGCAGGACCAUGAACAGACCAUAAUCUAUGAUGUCGUUAUGACAAAUGGCGGUUCGGCGUAUGACAACAAAACCGGUGUUUUUACGUGUACUACGUCAGGCGUUUAUGUGUUCUCGUGGUCAGCGUUGGUGACUGCUGAUCAUUACGUAGAGACCAUACUCCGUAGCAACAAGGCUGAUCUGGGGUUGACAUACAGUGGAAGCAAGGGCUAUCCGGGGUCAGGGUCACAGACAGUGGUAGUUGACCUUCACCAAGGUGAUCACGUGCAAGUGAAGAUUGGAUCAUUUAUCCCAGGGUCUAUUCUAUAUGAUAUCUACACUUCAUUCUCUGGAUUUCAACUACAAUGAAUACUGUGAUUUUUAGUAAGAAUUAAAAUUCGCAAUCUAAUCAA